AUGGCCAAGAAGGGAAAGAAGACCAGCGCAGCUGCGGCACAGUCUACAGAAGCAGCGCCUGCUGCGGUGGCUCCACCAGCAAACUUUGACUCGGAGCUCGACGCUUUCUUCAAGGCUGCACCACCAGCUCCCGCUCCCGCCAAACCCACGGCCGCACCGACUGCGGCGCCCGAUUCUGCCUCUGCUGCCGGACCUUCCAAUCCAAAGAAGCGCAAAGCAGCGCAACAACAAGUGCCCGAAGAGCCCGAGGUCGAAGAGGAUGAUAUUCAAGACGCUGUUGAGGAUGACGAUGACGAUGAUGAUGAUGACGACGACGACGACGACGACGACGUAGAGAUGGAAGAAGGCGACGGAGAUCUGUCCAGCAUUGACGAAGACCUCGAUGAUGAAGGCUCCCUCCUCUACAGCCAGAGCGAAUACGAAGGCUCUGCCGACGAAGACGACCAAGACGAUGAAGCAGAUGAGCCAUUUGUCCCACCUCAGCACGAGUCAGUCAUCAAAUCUCAGACUGCCGAGCCGCCAAAGAAUCCCAAAAAGACCUUCAAGGAAGAGCACGAGCCAUCAGAGACACGCGAUCAGCGCACUCUUUUCAUCGGCAACCUUCCCAUCGAAGCCGCUCAGUCGCGCUCCUUGCAACGCAAGCUCAUCUCCCUCCUCGAAUCGUUCUCGCCGUAUCCCAUGAUCACAAAAGCGCAUGGCUUGCGCUUCCGCUCCGUAGCAUUCUCCGUACCCACCGUUCCCCUCGACGAAGCUGGUGCUGACGACGACGACGCCGGCAAGAAGAAGAAAAGCAAGAAGGGCAAGACCAAGGAGCGCAGCCAAAACUACCGUGAGGCCGUCGCAGCGGUCGAAGGCGGAGAGAAUGCACAGGCUCCCUUGACAGCACAGCAGAAGCGCAAGAUCGCCUUUAUCAACAAGGACUUCAACGAAAAGGCAAAGACCGCCUCUGCCUACGUCACCAUCGCCCACCCAAAAGCGGUCCUCGACCACCUCUACGACAUCGCCCCUCCCAAAUCCAAAUCCAAGAGCGCCGCCAAAACACCGACGCAACUCAUCCAAAUCGACCCACGACUCACGGGCGCCGUUCUUGCCGCUUUGAUCGCCUCGUUUGCCGACGGACAAGACUUUGAAGGACGUCAUCUUCGUGUCGACUUGGUAAAGUCAGUGUCGCCCAGCGAAGUGCUCCCCUCCGGUCUCGAAAAGGUCAAGACGUUCGAUGGCACCCUCACCGGCUCUAGCAGCUCCAACGCCGAUCUCAAGAGUACAUUGUUUGUCGGCGGUCUCGAUUUCGAGAUGGACGAAGAAGAAGUUCGUGCAUUUUUCGAAGCUUUGCUCGUCGAGGAGCUCGGACCGGCAGGCGAUGCCGUCACCAUCCCUAUCACCGGUCUCGACGGCCAGCCAGCACCGAAGGAGCUGCUCGACUCCUUGUCGAGCGAGUUCCCCUUCAUCCUGCCGGAGAAGCGAAAGGCGCCAGAGACCGUGACACGCAACGCCGAAUACGUGCGAUCCGUGCGACUCAUCCGCGACGCAGCCACACAGAUGGGCAAAGGGUUCGGCUACGUCCGUUUCGUCUCGCAGCAGUGCGUCGACGAAGUCAUGGCCAUCUACAACGCCGAGCAGGCCUUCCUCGAAUCCAUCAAGGGCGUCAAGGGAAGUCUCGGCGCCUCGGCUGCCAUCGCUGCCGGUGGUAAAGAGUUCAAGCGUCGACUCAAGCUCAAAGGACGUCCCAUCCGCGUUUCGUACUGCAAGACUCAGACCAAGACGUCUGCGCCUGUCAACCGAAAGAACCGAUCCGCUGCUCAGAACGACGCUGCUGAGCAGGAGCCGACUACACCGCAGCGCAAGGCGCCUCGCUACGAGCGAUCCAGCGGCGCACCUACACCCAACGGCACUUCGCCCCACGUCAUCGGCAAGCGUCAACGCGUAGCUCCCGGCGCGACCAAGAUUGUACCGGGCAGCCCUACCGCUUCGCGAUCCGCCAACCCGGCAGACAUUGCCAAGAAGGCCGAGCUGUACGCAACGCUGUCCAAGGAGCAGCGCAAGCAGAUGAAGAAGGACGAUGCCGAUAGGGUGGGUCGUCGAAUGGCGAAGAAGAACAAGAAGUUCGGUGGAGCUGCGGCGGCUGGCGGCAAGGUGGACAAGAGCCUGGCUGCCGAGGGGGCAAAAGCGAAGAGCAAGGAGAGGGUCAAGUUGAAGCAGCCAGCUGGUGGGGCGGGAGGCGCGAACGGAGCUAAACGCUUCAAGAGCGGUCCUCCAGGGCAGAGUGGCGGUGGGGCUAGGAGAGGUCCUCCCAAGGGCAAGUGA